AUGGUAACUCUCAGACAGACAUUGCUGUAUUUGGUACCUGGCCCUGUGUAUCUGGUAACAGGACAUCCAAUGGUAACUCUCAGACAGACAUUGCUGUAUUUGGUACCUGGCCCUGUGUAUCUGGUAACAGGACAUCCAAUGGUAACUCCCAGACAGACAUUGCUGUAUUUGGUACCUGGCCCUGUGUAUCUGGUAACAGGACAUCCAAUGGUAACUCUCAGACAGACAUUGCUGUAUUUGGUACCUGGCCCUGUGUAUCUGGUAACAGGACAUCCAAUGGUAACUCCCAGACAGACAUUGCUGUAUUUGGUACCUGGCCCUGUGUAUCUGGUAACAGGACAUCCAAUGGUAACUCCCAGACAGACAUUGCUGUAUUUGGUACCUGGCCCUGUGUAUCUGGUAACAGGACAUCCAAUGGUAAUAUCCCAGACAGACAUUGCUGUAUUUGGUACCUGGCCCUGUGUGUCUGGUAACAGGACAUCCAAUGGUAACUCCCAGACAGACAUUGCUGUAUUUGGUUCCUGGCCCUGUGUAUCUGGUAACAGGACAUCCAAUGGUAACAAUCAGACAGACAUUGCUGUAUUUGGUACCUGGCCCUGUGUAUCUGGUAACAGGACAUCCAAUGGUAACUCCCAGACAGACAUUGCUGGAUUUGGUACCUGGCCCUGUGUAUCUGGUAACAGGACAUCCAAUGGUAACUCCCAGACAGACAUUGCUGUAUCUGGUACCUGGCCCUGUGUGUCUGGUAACAGGACAUCCAAUGGUAACUCCCAGACAGACAUUGCUGUAUUUGGUACCUGGCCCUGUGUAUCUGGUAACAGGACAUCCAAUGGUAACUCCCAGACAGACAUUGCUGUAUUUGGUACCUGGCCCUGUGUAUCUGGUAACAGGACAUCCAAUGGUAACUCUCAGACAGACAUUGCUGGAUUUGGUACCUGGCCCUGUGUAUCUGGUAACAGGACAUCCAAUGGUAACUCCCAGACAGACAUUGCUGUAUUUGGUACCUGGCCCUGUGUAUCUGGUAACAGGACAUCCAAUGGUAACUCCCAGACAGACAUUGCUGGAUUUGGUACCUGGCCCUGUGUGUCUGGUAACAGGACAUCCAAUGGUAACUCUCAGACAGACAUUGCUGUAUUUGGUACCUGGCCCUGUGUGUCUGGUAACAGGACAUCCAAUGGUAACUCUCAGACAGACAUUGCUGAUUUGGUACCUGGCCCUGUGUAUCUGGUAACAGGACAUCCAAUGGUAACUCCCAGACAGACAUUGCUGUAUUUGGUACCUGGCCCUGUGUAUCUGGUAACAGGACAUCCAAUGGUAACUCCCAGACAGACAUUGCUGUAUUUGGUACCUGGCCCUGUGUAUCUGGUAACAGGACAUCCAAUGGUAACUCUCAGACAGACAUUGCUGGAUUUGGUACCUGGUCCUGUGUAUCUGGUAACAGGACAUCCAAUGGUAAUAUCCCAGACAGACAUUGCUGUAUUUGGUACCUGGCCCUGUGUAUCUGGUAACAGGACAUCCAAUGGUAACUCCCAGACAGACAUUGCUGUAUUUGGUACCUGGCCCUGUGUAUCUGGUAACAGGACAUCCAAUGGUAAUAUCCCAGACAGACAUUGCUGUAUUUGGUACCUGGCCCUGUGUAUCUGGUAA